AUGGAUAAUGGUUGCGAGGUUUUCGCAAAGCUCCCAAAUCCCAACGCCGGGGCUACUCGUUUCACAAUUGCAUCCGAGAUCGCCACGCGCAAGUUACUUUCCGACGUGUUGAACGUCCCUGUCCCUCGAGUCCUAGCAUGGUCCUUUGACGCGUCAAGUACUCCUGUCGGGGCUGAGUAUAUCAUUGAAGAAAAAGCGCCCGGUGCUCGUCUCGGCUCUGUUUGGAGUCAAUGGCCUCGAAGUUCGAAGCUCCAAUUGAUCACGCAAGUGGUUGAUAUUCAGAACACUUUAGCCGGCGUGAAUUUCGGUAUGCACGGCUGUAUUUACUUCAAGGAUGAUCUUCGCUUCCUAGGCGAGGAACCUAAAGAAGCCAACAUUCAGUCUGAUACGACCGACAUCCCUGAUAUAUUUGCCAUUGGACCUCUCACUACCAGCGAAUUGUGGAACGGGGUAAGGAGUGGCAUGGAUUUGGAUCGUGGUCCCUGGAAGGAUCCCAGUGACUAUAUUCGCGCAUUAGGGCGCAACGAGAUUGCGUAUAUCAAGUCACAUGCAAUUCCUCGGAUGAACUAUCAUCGGUCACUAAAAACCAAGGAAGAUCCCGAGGACGGCCUUGCUCUUCUGGACAAAUAUAUGAAAGUCGCUCCUUAUCUUACUCCUCAGCCUACCAACGGAGCAGCGUCCGAGGGAGCACCGUCUAACAACGUUCUAAUGCACCCCGAUCUUCAUCUGGACAACAUCUUCGUCGAUCCAGAGACCCUGCAAAUCACACGUAUUGUGGAUUGGCAAUCGGCACGUGUUGCGCCGUUAUUCUAUCACGCCGAUGUUCCGAGGAUGUGUGCCCACCGUGGACCUCUCCCGGAAGGCUGGGCCGUCCCCGAAAGACCAGAAGACUUUGGUAUCCUAAGUGCGGAAGAACAACGCAAGAUCGACGAUGAUCUGGAAAGCCAGAUCCUCCACAAAUACUACGAGGCCCAGGUGUAUAGACGAUCACCUCGUUACUGGUCUGUCCUCAAAGAUAUGAGGAUCCCUAUCUUCCGAAAACCAGUUUGGCUUGUCACGGGAGCGUGGGAGAACCGCGAUCUAUUUUUCCUUCGCGAAUCACUCAUGUCGCUCUUUGCGCAUUGGGAAGAGCUUGUCCCAGGUGUACCAUGUCCGAUUAAUUUUACCAUUGAGGAUGUCGAGCUUCACUCCGAGGAAGAAGAGAAUAUAAAUGGUGUUGGGGAGAUGCUGAGAUUGUUCCGAGAUGAAUCCGUGCUCCCGGUUGAUGGCAUGGUGGAGCCCAAAGACUAUGAUAUCGCCCAGAAAAACAGCCGGGAAUUGAAAGACACCUUCAUCGGACUGGCGAAAGAUGACGAAGAGAGAGAAUUAUUCACGAGACUCUGGCCGUACCAGGAACCCGCCGAUACUUAG